CAAAAAUUUAUAAUUAUUUUUAUUUAAGAAAAAAUAUUUAUUCAAGUGCCAAGUAAGUGCAAAGCAAACACGAAAACAAAUCCCAGCCAAUAAAGUAACUUUACUUAACAAAUAGUUUCGCUAUUCGACGAGCACUCGUUCAACAAAUUCUCUUUUCAAUUAAAUAAUAACAAAAGUAAAGAAUGCUGAGUUUGUGGAAAAAAAACGACAGAGGAAAAGGUGACCUUUAAGUCGUACAGUACGACAGUCUUAUGUAUUUAAUAUCGCAGUUACAUUUUAUUUGCGCAUAUUGUACUAGGCUACUUAGAAAACAAAGAAAGAUUAGCUAUUUACCUUUUAUACUGGUAUUAAUAUUGCUUAUGAAAAAUAUUAGCUUACUCUACUAAUAAGAAAACAGGUCGGUCAUUUCAUUAAAUCUGUUAUUCAAUAGCUUUUCCAUCUACCGAAAAACAAAAUUCUUAAUUUAAAACUUGUAAAACAUUAAGCAAUUAUCGAAGUUCAUCAGCAAAACUUCUUAAAUAAAAUUAUAUACCUAUCUAAAUGAUCUGUAUAGCCCGACUUAUUCACAACAAACAUAAACAGUAUCUCAAGCUAACUUAUUUAUCUCGUAAAAUACUUGUUAAUACUCCACCCCGGGAAUUGUACGAUGAAGUCGGGCUUCUCUCACCCACCGACACCCGGAUCAGUCGACCGACCAGUCGACCAACUAGUUGAGCAACCCCACAAUCCAAUUUAUUAAGACCUUUGAAUUUGUAUUUCUUCGCGUCAGUUUAGUUUAUUGUCACAAUAUAGAAGGGGGAUAGGAAGGUCAAGGUAUAAAAGGCAACAGAUUUGUUUGUUCACAAUUCUAUGGAUAAUUCGUAUAAAAGGAGUGUAGGGGUGUGUGGGGAGAAUCAUCUAAGGACAAAACUUGUUUACACUACUUACGGAAUUAAAUCACUUCAGCGGGUGUUUGCUAAAGUGGUCCGGUGACUUUUGACUUAAGUAACGACCUAUUUGUUUUAAUUGAUCGCGGACCGGAAGGGGUUUGCUUUGUUUUUAAUGGAUUUAAUCGACUAAGCUUCAUUAACCAAAAUGAUUUAUAAACAUUAUUUUUUAAUAAAGACAUAAGUUUAGAUUUUAUACCCUCUUCGAGUAGAGCAUGUUAAAUUUCCAUACAUUAUGCAGUAAUCACCCCACCGACACACAAAAGUUAUGCAAAUUAGAAUACAUUCAUAUUUGGUGACUCACUAAACAAAAUUAUAGUUGUUGGACUGUAGAGCACAGGGAGCUUCGUAAUACACUGACCUACACAAAGUAAACCAUCGUUUACAAAUACACCGAGCACGUAAUUAAAAAGUAAUUUGUUAGUAGUGCGCGCAACUCCAAUAUGACUCAACGGCAAACUUGCGAACAAACUUUUAAUUUGAACUUGGCCACCGAUAACAAUGCUGCAAAGUUGUGGCAGUCGGCGGAGGGAGCGGGGAAACGCCAAUCUUCCUCACAUUGCAGUACAUAACCGUACUUCUUUGUAAGAACACCUCGCAAAACUUUGUCGCAAGUAAACUCCGCGAAGUAGCUAAGUCGCGAGCUGGAAGCCGUCGGCGGCGCCCGCUCCGCUAGCCGCUCCGCUCGCCCUGGCCGCCCCCCGCUACGCUGCUAACAACGAUCCGCCUCCGACAAACAAACGGACAAGUUUUAAUGUUUUGCUCACAAAGUGUAUGAUUAAACGCGGAGAGCGGCGGAGAGAGUCGGCCGUAAGUUAUUGAUUUUCCCCGACCGAACCCCUGUCGACUACGAGCCUCGCGGUACGGUAGAGGAGCGCUACGAGGUUAUACCACUUCUUAACUUUUUUUAAACGGAUUUACAACUACUUUUAGUGUAAACAAUGUGUUCCAAAUCACUUUUUGUGACCGAUGGACAAGUUUUUGUGUGCUAAAAUAAGUGCUGACAAGUUUUAUGUGCAACUUUAGAUGCGAAAAGUUAGUGUUUGCUGCGCAACCGUACCGCUGGUGGCACAAGUCGCGCACCCUACAACUUCACGUCGCUCUACGUUCCGAAGUUAACGCAAAGUUCCGCCAUUUUGGAACAUGCUCACAACCCACUUGUUUUAUAAAGAAACUUUUUAUUAAUUCCUGUGGGCCGCGGAGUGUCAGUAAGAUGUUUUGAGGUUAUGCUGAAAGACGAAAGACCGAUUUCUGACUCGGAGGUGUAGUUCUAGUAUUAUUGUGACUGUGUGGACGCUGAAUACUAGUGUUUGUGUUCAUUUGAUAUAUUGUUUUGAAGUGUAACUCGAGUGACGUACCUUGGAUGCUCUUGUAAUUUGUGUUUACUUCUGGCAAAAGUGAGGAGGACGCUCGGAGCUGUGUUUUGACCUUGCCUAUGGAUCUGGCACGCGAUUAAGUGACAGAAUGUCACGCAAGUCCCGGCAGGGGUACAGCAUUCGGCACCUGCUGCAGCUGCCGAAUGCGCCGCGCAGCCCGCCGUCUGUGCCGCACCCGCCGGCACCAUGCAUAAAGGCUUCCUUGAGACAUCGAAUACCCUCUCCGUCUGAUCAAGAUGCACGUGACUACAACGGCGACGACGACGCAAACAAGAAUGAAUUCGAGGUGCAGAUAACACAUAAGUUGUUCAGGCCGUCAACAUCAAAACCGACGGCGCCGUUAACCGCGCAAGCCUCCUUGUCGCAAAUCAACAAGCGAAGGCUGGAGUUUGGCGUGGAUGUAGAAACCUUUAGGAAUAACGAGAGGCGCCUAGAGCGCAUCAGUAGCGAGGGCUCCAUGGACGAGGAGGAAUUACAUGGCAAAAGAAGACGACGCUUGCUGGACGAUGAGAGACGGGAGGAGCCGGACAUUAGGCGCCGGCCAGUUCCUAUGCACAGGCCACAGCCCAUGCGGCAGCCUGAGGUCGAUGAUGAAACGCUUAUCCGGGAAACUCAGGCAGCGCUACGGUCUCUGUCCGGGAACUGGGGAGCAAGGGAACAACCGACGCACUGCACUGAGGAAAACGAAGAUGCCAACGGUUUCGAAAACCUAUUCGAUGACAAAAGGUCAGAAAAGCUCCCGUCUUCCCCUUCACAAUCGUCGGACGUGUCUCACAAGAGCUUUACCAUGCGCCUUCACAACGAACACUUAAACGGAAUCACUGAUCACGACGAUAAGAGGAAUCUCAUUACAAUAGAAAUAGAAAAAUGUGACGACUACGACAGACACAGCAGAAACUCCAACCACUAUGAAGCGCCAAAUUUCGACGAACUCGUCGACUCGUCUUCCAACGAACUAGAGAUCGAUAUGUCUGACAGAUGCGAUGAUAGGUACGAUGAGGACAUCAAGCCAAAAAGAAAAGGAGAAAUGGUUUCAGUCAACAAGCAAUCUUUGUACAACGCUUACAAGGCAGCGACAGCGGCGCUACCUUACUCGACGCAGUCUGCCUUCAAGCCGCCUGCCGAAGUCAAGCAUAGACUGCAUAAUACGUCGCUGCCGAGCGAGCCUUUCGGCGGGUACUCGAACGACCACGACAAGCGCGAGCACAAGGGCUCGAAGCAGUACACGGUGCUGCAGCCGGCGGGCGCGGGCUCGCGCGCCGCCACCGUGCUGCAGGAGGCGCGCACCGUGCCCUCGGCGCAGCCCGCGCGCGACUCGCGCCCGCUCAACGCGCUCUCCCCGCCGUCGAGAGAAGGCAACAAGUGUCCCACACCCGGGUGCAAUGGGCAGGGCCACGUCACCGGCCUAUACACUCACCACAGGAGUCUGUCAGGAUGUCCAAGAAAGGAUAAAGUCACUCCCGAGAUAUUGGCGUUGCACGAAACGAUAUUGAAGUGCCCCACGCCGGGCUGCAACGGGCGCGGCCACGUCAGCUCCAACCGAAGCACGCACCGCUCCCUGUCAGGGUGCCCCACUGCCGCGGCGAGGAAGGCCGCCGCCAGGUCCCAGAGAGCGAGGCCAUCUGGAACCCAUUUACCAUCAGUAUCCCAUCCAAUCCAAUCAUCAAUCGUGAGUCAAGAGAGCAUAGCAAGUUCAUCGGGUAGCGUAUCCCGGGAGCGCGAGGCGUCGCCUCGCAGUCCCGCCGUGAAGCGCGAAGCCGAGCUGCUGGUGCCGAAGCGCGAGGCGGCCGAGCCUGAGCGCGACUCUCCCGCCAUGGAGACGCGCCACGCCGGCUACGGCGCGCCGCCCGACCAGAGGUCCCCGUACGAGAGGCCGCCCGACGACCACGUACGCUCUUACAGUCAAAUGAACGAAGCGCGGUACGGCUACGAGUCGAGGUGCUACGAAGGCGCUCCGGCGUUUGAGCGCUACGACCCGGCGCAGUGCCCGCAACGCCCCUACGGCUGGGAGGAAGAGCGCUACCACGACCCCCACCUUCCUACUCCCAUGAAAACCGACCAGUCCGAGCAGGAGACCAGCUCCGGACCCAUAUACCCUAGACCAAUGUACCACUACGAGGCUGGUAGCGGCGUAGGUGGCGUGGGGGCAGUGGCGGCGAUGGGCCCCGGCGUGCCCCCGGGCUUCUCCGCGAUCAACCUGUCGGUGAAGAUCGCCGCGGCGCAGGCGCAGCGACCGCGCAGCCCCACGCCGCGGGACCCGCGCGACCCACGCCCCGCCAUAGAUCUUUCCACGUCUAGUGGUAGUCCACAGGGUCCAUACGCAUCGCCGGUGUACACAAGCGCCGGUGGUGGCAGCGGGGGCGGAGCCCGGGGCAGCCCACAGCCGGGAGCUUCGCCCCAGCUCACAGCCAGUCCUCAGGUGCCCAGUCCGCAGGGCCAAACCCUCGACCUUAGCGUCUCCCGUUUACCACAUAGUCGAGGUUUCCCUGGCGGCGUCUCCUACAGUCGAGAAUCAACCCCCGACAGCGGCGGCAGCCACCCCUACCUGGAGGCCUACCAUCGAGACACCGCCGGUUACGGCGGGGUAAGUCCACACCCUGUAGCCGGGUACGGGUUGGCCCAGCCGGACUACGCGGCAGCGGCGGCCGCGGCCGGCUACGGCGGCUACCAGUACCAGUGCGGGGCGUAUCCCCCGCCGCCCGCGUACCCCCCGCACGCGCCGCCCUACUCCCCGCCGUGCUACAUGCCGCCGCCGCACGCGCCGCACGACAAGCCUAAAGACAGCAGUCUGUUUAUGUGCAGCCUGUCCGGUUGUCCGCGCGCCGACCGCUCGCAGCUCCAGCCGCACUCGCAAGAGCUCAAGUGCCCGACCCCUGGCUGCGACGGAUCUGGCCACGUCACCGGGAACUACUCGUCACACCGCUCACUCUCCGGCUGCCCGAGGGCCAACAAGCCCAAGAGCAAGCCCAGAGAUGGACAGGACUCCGAGCCACUGAGAUGCCCUAUACCGGGCUGUGAUGGAUCUGGACACGCUACAGGGAAAUUCUUAUCACAUCGGAGUGCUUCGGGGUGCCCGAUCGCGAAUCGCAACAAAAUGCGAGUGCUAGAGAGUGGCGGCACUGUGGAGCAGCAUAAGGCGGCCGUGGCAGCUGCCGCCUCCGCCAUAAAGUUCGACGGCGUGAACUGUCCGACGCCCGGCUGCGAUGGCUCGGGACAUAUAAACGGCUCGUUUCUGACGCAUCGCUCUCUGUCUGGGUGCCCAGUAGCCGGCGCUGCUACUCCCACGCCGCAACCAAAAAAGCCAAAAUACCCGGACGACAUCACGCCACUAUACCCAAAGCCUUAUUCAGGGAUGGAGAUGAAUAUGCAGACGGGGAACAGCGAGGAUCUGAUGACCCUAGAGCAGGAGAUUACGGAACUUCAGCGAGAGAACGCUCGCGUAGAAUCUCAGAUGAUGCGUCUCAAAUCCGAUAUCAACGCUAUGGAAACUCACCUUUCGCAUGGAGAUAGGGAGAAUCAAACAUUAAUACAACGCAACAAUAAUUUAAAUGAGUAUUACGAGAGUCUGCGCAACAAUGUGAUCACUUUGCUUGAGCACGUGAGGAUCCCGGGCGGCGGCACCGUGCCGGUGACCGCGGCUGGCGGCCCGGCCGGCGCGCCGCCUCCGCCCGGACCCGGCGAGAAGCCGGCGCAUGAUAACUUCGACUCAUACCUCACCAAGCUGCAAACGCUCUGCUCGCCCGACGGCUACUGCCCCGAUGAGAACCGGCCCAUCUACGAGACCGUGAAAAACGCGCUCCAAGACUUUACAGUGCUCCCUACACCCAUUUAAGGUUCACAAAGCGCCGCCGAAUCAGAACGACAAUGAACUAUUUAAUGUAGUCGUGCGAUCGGCGGAGCUUAUAAGUGAUAUAGACUUGAAAUUGUAGUUCAAUUUUAGUGUUUGAUAAAGUGCGGAGGCAGGUCUAGAGAAGCGACCGAAUCACCAAAGAUAUUUGCUAAAGACAGUGACUAUAAAAGUGACGUGAAUAGACUAAACAGCUUCGGAUGUGAAGCUGUACAGCGUGUCCUCCGCUAGGGGAAUGGUCUUUGUGUUCUACUAAGUAUUAGGUAAACGAUGUCUGUUUUGUAAACCGUUGUAUACGAUGUGUGACUUCUUUAUGACAUCACGUUAACACUCGAAGAUUCAUUCGACUUUUAAUCUGUAAGCCGGACUAUAUAGACAUAAAUAAAUUUUAAACGCUGUUACUCGUAUGCUUAAAAUUAAUGUAUUUGUUAGGUGAGAAAUUUAUACUAUUGUAUGUAAGCGAUUUUAGCCACACAAACGCAUCAAAAUCGAUUGUGUAAAUAUUGUACCUACAUUUCGAUAUAAAUAAAAUUAUCAUUUAAAUUGCUGACAGCCAAAGGGUUGCCAGUUUAGAAAAUUUCUAAUUUCACAUGCAAACUCAAUUCUUAUCAAACAGAAAAAUGAAAUAGUAAAUAAGGAAACUGUUAAUCUGUCUUAAAAGUUGAUAAUGCUGGGAAUGUGCCAAAUGCUUCAGAGUCACAGCAGCUCCCGAACGCUGACCUAUUAAGACUUAAAUAUUGAGAUAGAAAAUAUAAACGAUGUAAACAAAAAUAAUGAACUCCUUAGAGGACUUUCUAGUCAGUUUGUAAAUAAAUUGUGAAUAACUAUAGUUGUCACGUCAUAGGGACGUUUUUAUUUGUAUUAGGAAAUAAUGGGAUCUCAUUAGAUCGUGUAAGUUAAUAAUUCAGUCACUAAUUGAUAAUCGAUUUAGGGAUAAAUGAAUACCUACUUUCUUUGUUAGCCAAUAUUCACUUCGCUGUGAUUAUGUUACAUGUUACUUAUUUAUUGUUACCUUUACGGGAUAUGUGAUAGCUUAAUUAACUCAAGUUAAUGUUAAUUUGCAAUAAAUUUAGUUAAUGCGCUUUAUACACAACAUGUGCAAUUUUAUCGUUUUAGAUCUCGACUCUUGUUUUGUUUGUUAAUACUGAAAUAAAAAUCUUUUUAUCUAAACACUUUUCUUUUUAUGGUACCAUAUUGGUACGCAGGAAUUUAUGAUAUUCGCAUUUAAAUACUAAAAACCUAUUAAUAUGUUACUACUCUGAUUGUCAUAUACGUUUCUGUAAAAUAUUGAGUAUGUGUUGUUAAAGAGAAUAAAAAUAAUAAAUACCAAGAUUA